AUGACAUAUCAGUGGCCAUCGAGACUCCCAGACUACACAUCCAGCGAUAUAUCGACUACAGACUUAUCCCCACUCACCUGCCGGCCGCUACCACGUCAAUCUUCAAGGAAGGAUCGUCGAAAUGUUCCUAGAGGCACUGUGGCAUCACGCAUCUCGUAUAUACAGAGUGUGGCGAACCCAACUCUUGCCAAUAUUACUGCCCAAAGUGUAUUCCAGCGUCGAGAAAGGUCGUGCACUGGUUGGUGUCAACGCGUGAAUAGUCGUUUUGGCGAGCCGGCAUCCAGGAAUACUAGAAUGAUGGAGCAGACGCAGGUGGAUAGUGCGCAUUCAUUUUUGGGUCUGAAUAUUGCAAGGAAGAAUCACGAGGAAGAGCAUGCGAUAGCAAAACACAGAGUGAGCUUUGAUCGGACACCAGGUCUUCAUGGUCAGCUCAAACCACAAGGGUUCGUCCAGCUUGUGCAAUAUGAUGCUGCUUCCCCUUGGCCGGUCUUAUCGAACGGAUCGACACCAAGAAAUUCCAGGAAAUCCCGUAGCGAAAGUGUCAUAGGAGUCUUGAAAGAGGACAAUCCUUAUGAAAGUCGGAAUCGAGGUCUGGGAAGCGAACACCAGCCGUUCCAGGAAUCAGUCGACAUGUACCAGCCCAAUAUAAGCAUCCGACGUAGGGAGAACUGUGGCUCAGACUCUUCUAUCCUUACGACAUCAGACAUACGUCGCCAAAGUGUGCGUGAUCUGUAUCGCGACUUCGGGGUUGAACGACCACGACACUUGGUAUCUUCUAGAGGUUCUUCACGGGAUGUCAACGAGACGCCUAGGCCUGCCACGCAGACUCGACAUUGCCUUCACUGCUCGUGGGCAAAUACAUCGAAAAGCAAUCGAUGCCUAGGAUGUGGGCAUAAACUUCGCGAUGAAAUUGACGCAUCUGCUACCCAGAAGACACCAAAGCCUGCCACACAUCCAGGCUCUAAGAAUGGAAGUGUUGACGGCGGCUCCAAUUCUCCUAAGCAUGGCAGACUGCCUGAAAAACUACAGAUUAAACCUGUACCUGCAACAUAUGUUCCACAAAGACCUGGAUUAGGCAUUUUCCAACCGUCUCAGCCGAUCUACAAGCCCGCUAGGAAAAAGUCAACUGCCACCGUCAAGUUUCCUUCUUUCGAUGCGAAUAUCGUUGCUACAAAACCCAGUUCCAGAGCACUUCCGAAAUUUAAGGCAUCGCCCCGCCGUAUGACGCCCCCUAUUUUACCACCAUCCAGAUCUCAAAUAAGAUUGAGCGUUAAGCAAAACCCUUUCCUCGUCGCAGAUGCAAAGGCACGAGAAGACCAAUCAAAGCCGACUCAGGCAGUAGCACAACAAUCAUUGUCUCCUGAAAGACAUCACAGUCAACAGCAUAUUGACGGGAAAUGCGAUUGUACUGACAAUUCAACUGUUGCGGAUGAGCCCUGUGAAAGCCCUAGCUGUCGAGCGGCCUACAACGGUCAUAAACCGAGUCGUCACACAUUGACCUGUAGUCAGCAAAAAGAUCACUUACGCGAAAAGACUGACUUAGGCUACACUGCGGAUAUAAGUCAUGGAGAAGAGGGCAAUGAAGCUACUCAUAAGCCUCGAUUUCAGUUGCCGUCUGAGAAUGAUUUGGGGCACUUGUCAGAGGGUAGUGAUGUGCACCAUGCACCGAGAAGCAUAAGCCGAGGCCAUAUGAAUUCUUCCGCAGUGCCUUCUCGAAAGGGAACGAUGCUUGCGACAGAGUUACGUGGUAGAUAUUCAUCGGUGUCUCACUUUUCGCAACAAUCACAUGAGGGGCCGUCAGCAGAGAGCGGUAAUUCGGCCUCAGAGCUAUUGCGAAACUUUCCCAAGAUGCGUAUUGCAAGCUUGUUGAAUGAAGAUGCUGAGCAAUCAAAUCUACCUCCCUGGCAGUCCUUCAAUCAGCCUACGACCAAAAUACCUCCUGGGAGCUCGAUAGGUGACCAUGUCAAGAAAGCGCUGCGAGACGAGCCAAACACAGACUCCAGUGCCGAUACCCAGUCGGAACUUGGAAAGUUGCAGUCCUUCUCUACACACCGACCGAGCCUGCAGACGAAUAUAACGACGCCAGACCGUUCAUCUCUUUGUAAGCCAUCAGUAACAGCGCCUGCCAUACCGACGAGGAAGACAUCCAUAUGUCCUAAGCACGCCACCAGAGGUGAAGCAGCUCCUCUAAUAAUUCAAGGUCCAUGUGCCGCAACCGAAGAGUCCCGCCAAGCGCGCCGGGCCUCAACUUCUAUCGUGUCUCCCAGAGUAAUGGGCUUGAGAAGCACAGCUGCCGUGCCAGAACUCACAAUAAAAGUACAGCACCGUCAGAAAGAGCUUAAUAGGUUAGAGAACGAAUUGAAUGAUAUCAAGGAGAGAUCCGAUGAGUGUCAAAACCACCACGCCGCCGUUUCUGAGCAUGAAGAAAAACACACUCAAACUCGAAAAGAUCAGAAUACAGAUGACGCUAUAUCACAAAUCAUCGACGCAUAUCAUAGCGAUCACGCACCAUCAAGUCCACAACACGAUGAAAGCAAUUCUCACCCUCAAAAGUCUUUGACUCCUACCACCUGUCCCAGAGCGAGGAAAUUACACAUGAAACUCAUCAACCCGGCUCUCGAACCACAUUGGAUCUUUGAUCGGAAUGUGCUUGCGGGGCUAGCGAGAGAUGGGUACCCGUAUAGUCCUAGUCCGGCGAGACAGAGUGAUAUGCAUGAGUGUAUUUGGCGACGGCUGUUUUUGGAGGAGCAGAGGAGUGAGAUUGAGAGGGAGGGGAGGAGGGUCGGGGGUGAGAAGAGGAGUGUGGAAGUUGGGAAGCGGGAGAUGGAGGCGAAGAGAGGGGAAGACAUUAGGAAGGGUGGUGAUGGGGAGGUUGAGAUUGGUGGGAAGAGGGGGGUGGAGGAGAAGAGGAAUGCGAAGCGGGAGGCGGGGUUGAGGGGUCUGACGGUCGUGGUUCAUUGGGAGGGGAAGGAGGAUUUGGUGUUGGUUUGUGAUGUGUAG